AUGGGGACAAUGCUCAAGAGGGAACUGACUAGUUUCGGCUCCAUUCCCAGACAGUUCCUGCUACAUGAGCAGUGGCCUCAGGAAUGCAGGGACACUGAUGCCACAUUCAGCGCUACGUCCCACGACUGUGGAGGGCUGCAGCAGCCACAUGUGGGCAAAUUUUCCUCUCUGCCAGGGAAAGCAAAUCCACUGGCCCAGCCCCACACUGCUCCCACUGGCGGAUUCAGCCCCGCCGCCUUUGGAUGGGGCUGUAAACCAUUUAUUGUGCGUCCAAGCAAGGGCCGCAUAUUCAAGUGGCAGGCAGCCGAGGCGAACAUACAUAAGGACCUGGAGGAGAAGAUUGCUCGUUUCCACCAAAGAGAAGAUGCUAUCCUCUAUGCCAGCUGCUUUGAUGCCAAUGCUGGAAUCUUUGAGGCCUUGCUGACCCCAGACGAUGCAGUCCUGUCUGAUGAACUGAAUCACGCUUCCAUCAUUGAUGGGAUCCGGCUGUGUAAGGCCAAUAAAUAUCGCUACAAACAUAUGGACAUGCAAGAUCUGGAAAGCAAGCUGCAGGAUGCACAAAAACAUCGCCUGAGGUUGGUGGCCACUGAUGGUGCUUUCUCUAUGGAUGGUGACAUCGCCCCCUUGAAGGAAAUCUGCAGCCUGGCCCAGAAAUACAAAGCUAUUGUUUUCGUUGAUGAAUGCCACGCCACUGGAUUCCUCGGGCCCAAUGGAAGGGGCACUGAUGAGCUCUUGGGUGUGAUGGACCAAGUCGCCAUAAUCAACUCAACCCUAGGGAAGGCACUUGGGGGAGCAGCAGGUGGCUACACGACUGGCCCCAAAGCACUAAUUGACCUUCUGCGCCAGCGCUCUCGCCCUUACCUCUUCUCCAAUAGCUUGCCUCCUGCUGUUGUGGGCUGUGCUUCCAAGGCUCUGGAUCUGCUCAUGGAGAGCAAUGCCAUUGCACAAUCCAUGGCUGCCAAGACUACACGGUUCCGAAGCAAGAUGGCAGCAGCUGGAUUCACCAUUUCAGGAAAUGACCACCCAAUUUGCCCUGUGAUGUUGGGGGAUGCCCGGCUAGCCUCACUGAUGGCUGAUGACAUGCUCAAGAGAGGCAUCUAUGUCAUAGGCUUCAGCUAUCCAGUGGUUCCCAAGGGGAAAGCACGGAUUCGUGUACAGAUCUCAGCUGUUCACAGUGAAGAAGAUAUUGAUCGGUGUGUGGAGACCUUUAUUGAAGUAGGCCGUACACAUGGGGCCUUGUCCUGAAUGGCUGGAGAAUACUUGGCUUUUCUUGCAAAACCAAAAGCUGGAAACAGUUUUCUUUUUUCCCAGAAAGGAAGUCAAUUUGAAACGAGGAUCUUUGCUUAUGGUGGGCUUAUGGUGGGCUCAUUUUGACCUGUGGUUGUUUCUAAAAGCUCAUUGAAACAAAUGUGUCAGCAGAGCAGGUGAAAUGUACAUAUAGUACAGGAAGUUUUAAGAAAACACUUGUCUCCAGCAUAGGACAUUCUGCCUCUAUUCAAGAAGGACCGUGUCAGAACCAACAUCUGACAGACUGAAUAAUAAAGGCAAUUUUAAGCCUG